AUGGUUACAUGACACAGUUCUUCGGAGGAAAUCGUCUUCUCUUCUUUCUGGAAACCUCGUCAACGUACGCAGAGACUACCGACGCGGGGCUCUAACAUCGCAACAGCCGACAGUCGCGUGGAGACUCGGGCUGCGAUGGAGGCGGUUCCCCGGAUGCCGAUGAUCUGGCUGGAUCUGAAGGAGGCUGGGGAGUUCCCGUUCAGCCCGUCCGUCAAGCAGUUCAUCUUGAAGAAUUAUGGAGAGAAUCCAGACAACUACAACGAGCAGCUGAAGAAACUGGAGGCACUGCGGCAGAGUGCAGUGAACGUGACGAGAGACUUCGAGGGAUGCAGCACGCUCAGGAAAUACUUCGGCCAGCUGCAUUACGUCCAGAGCCGAGUGCCCAUGGGCACGGGCCAGGAGGCUGCCGUGCCCAUCUCAUGGACGGAAAUCUUCUCUGGAAAAACGGUCACCCACGAUGACAUCAGCUACGAGCAGGCCUGCAUCCUCUACAAUCUCGGGGCCCUGCACUCCAUGCUGGGAGCCAUGGACAACAGGGUGUCUGAGGAGGGCAUGAAGGUGUCCUGUACACACUUCCAGUGCUCGGCCGGGGCGUUCUCCUACCUGAGAGACCACUUCAGCCACAACUUCAGCGUAGACAUGAGCCACCAGAUCCUCAACCUCAACAUCAACCUCAUGCUGGGACAGGCUCAGGAGUGUCUUCUGGAGAAGUCCAUGUUGGACAACAGGAAGAGUUUUCUGGUCGCUCGCAUCAGCGCUCAGGUGGUGGAUUACUACAAGGAAGCCUGCAGGGCGCUGGAGAACUCUGAGACGGCGUCGAUGCUGGGAAAGAUUCAGAAGGACUGGAAGAAACUGGUCCAGAUGAAGAUCUACUACUUUGCUUCUAUUGCACAUCUUCACAUGGGGAAACAGGCCGAGGAGCAGCAGAAGUACGGAGAGCGGCUGGCGUACCUGCAGAGCUCCAUGGACAAACUGGCGGAGGCCAUCAAGCUGGCCAAGGGGCAACCCGACAGCGUGCAGGACGCCUUGAAGUUCACCAUGGACGUGAUCGGGGGAAAGUUUAAUUCGGCCAAAAAGGACAACGACUUCAUCUACCACGAGACGGUUCCUUCCCUGGAGACUCUGGCCUCAGUCAAAGGGGCCCCACUGGUGAAAGCUCUGCCGGUCAACCCCACGGACCCCAGCGUCACCGGACCGGACCUGUUUGCCAAGCUGGUGCCGAUGGCGGCUCACGAAGCGUCUUCGCUCUACAGUGAGGAGAAGGCCAAGCUGCUGAGGGACAUCAUGCUCAGGAUCGAGAGCAAGAAUGAAACACUAGAACAGUUCAUGGACUCUCUGGGCUUGGAGCCGGAGUCGGUGGACAACCUGGACAUGUACAGCCACAUCCCGCCGGUGCUGAUGGAGAAGUGUGCCGCUCUCAGCGUCCGAGCCGACACCGUCAAGAGCCUCAUCCAGUCCAUGCAGGGGCUCUCGGGCGUCUUCACCGACGUGGAGUCUUCGCUGAAAGAGAUCCGAGACGUCCUCGAGGCGGACGAGGCCGGCAGGCGGGCCCUCUUGGAGGCGGCCGGCGCCGCCGGCGACAUGCACCCGGCGGGUCAGAGCCGGGCCCUGGCCGAGAUCUGCCGGGACCUGGAGAAGUACAUGGAGGCCCACGAGAAGGCCAGCUUCACCAACACGGAGCUCCACCGGGCCAUGCACCUGCACAUCAGCAACCUGCGUCUGCUGGGGGGCCCGCUGGAGAGCCUGAAGGAGGCCCUGCCCCGGCCCCAGCUCAGCGAAGAGGAAGUAGCAGGGCUGCAGUGUAUGAAGCGGCUCCUGGGGAAGGUUCAGGAAAUGAGGGACCAGAGAAGCUCUUUGGAGAAACAACUGCGCGACCUCAUCCAGCACGACGACAUCACCUCCACCCUCGUCACCACGGAGCGGACAGACAUGAGGCGUAUCUUCGAGGAGCAGCUGAAGAAGUACGAGCAGGUGAAGGUGUACCUGGACCAGAACCUGGCCGCCCAGGAGAACAUCCUGAAGGCGCUGACCGAGGCCAACGUCCAGUGCGCCUCGGUGCGCAAGGGCCUGAGUCAGACGGAGCGGCGGUGGAACGCCACCGUGCACGGGCUGGUGGGCUCGUACGAGGCCUACGAGGACCUGAUGAAGAAGUCUCAGGAGGGGAAGGAGUUCUACGACGACCUGGAGGCCAAAGCGUCGCGUCUGCUGGAGCGGGCGCAGACCCUCUGCGAGACCCGCGCCGAGGAGAGGAGGCCCGCCUUGGAAAAAGAGACCCAGAAGAAGCCCCCGGCCCGGCCGACGGCAGCCAAGCCCUCCAUGAAGCCGAAGGCGUCGGACUCUGACUCCGCCUGCUCCGGCCUGGACGACCCGGAGUUGGCCCAGCUCAGUGCGGCCAUCUUGGCUUUGGGGGGCGACCUACCCGAAGAGCUCCGCAGCCUCCCCUCUGACGCUCCCUCCUCGGCGGCUCGUCUUCCCGGUCCCGACGUCUUCGUCCCCCACGCCGCUCACCUGGGCGGCGGCGGCUCUCUGCCUUGGCCCGGCGCCCCGGCCGGCGGUCUCGCUCGCUUCCCGGCCAAUCUGCCUCCUCCGGAGCUCCUGGCGCGGAUCGCUCACUUCCCGACGUCCGGGCCUCUGCCGCCCGGACCGCUCCCCCAGAUGACGGCCCACAUGCAUCCGCAAAUGCCAAACCAGGCGGCGGCGGCGGGUUACCGGCCGCCGCCCCCUCAGGCCCCCCAGCCGGGCCUCGCGGCUCCGAUCCCAAUCCGGCCCUCGACGAGCACCGUGGCGAGCAUCCAGGCCCCGAUCCCGAGCUACGCCCCGACGCCGCAACACCACCACGUCCCGCCCGCGGCCUCGACUGGCUACACCGUGCCCCCGCAGAUGGGGGCCUACCCCCAGUUCAUGGCCCAACCAGGAAUGCCCGUUCAAGGCCCGCCGCCCCAGCCGCAGAAGCAGCCGUACCCUCAGCCCGUCGGGCAUCCGAUGCCUCAGGGGUACCAGCCCGGGCCCCACCCUCACCUCCAGGCGCCGCAGGGCUUCCUCCACGGAUACACGCCCCCUCCGCCCGGCGUCCCUCCCCACUACCAGCAGGUGUUCCCGGGUCAGCUGCAGCCGCAUCAGCAAAACGGCUACCGGCCCCAGCUCCCACACGGCUACCAGCCUCCGCCGGGCUACGGGCCCCAGCACCACCCUCAGGUGAUGCCCGGCUCCAUGCAGCGGCCCCCGCAAGGCCAGGUGCAUUCGCACGCCCCCCCGACGUCUCAGCCGGCGCCGCCCGUGUCCCAGCCCUACCAACAGAUGCCCCCUGGACUCCCUCACCAGCACAUGCCGCCGCAGCCGCAACACGUGUCGACGCCUCCGCCCCACCCCCACCCGCAGCUCCCGGGUGGCCCCGGAGCACAGAUGCCCCCCGCGGGUCAACCGAUGGCGCCCGUCUCGCAGAACUACACGCCCCCGUCGAAUCAGCCCGUCCACCCCGCCCUGCUGCCUCAGGUGCCUCCAGCCUCGCAAGCUCACAUGGCCCCCGGCGGUCCUCAGGUCCACCCCGAGGGCCCGAUGCCACAGAUGCCUCCCAGUGCACUCGCCCCGCAACAUCAGCCCCAGACUGGACCCCCUCACCCCGGGGCGGUGUGCUACCCCGGGGGGGCCCCAUUGAUGCCCCAGCAGCCUCUGGCGCCGCAGCCCGCGGCCCCUCCUCCCAUGGCCCACCCGCAGCCCCCCGCCGUGUACCCUUCGGCUCCAGGAGCCAAUGUGCCUCCGGGCGCCCCGCAGCAACCCCCCCCCACGGGCCCCCGUGGCCCCCCCGCGCCGCACAUGAUGCAGCCCACACCCGGAGGUCCUCCGGCGGCUCCGGCGCCCAACGCCGUCCCUCCUUCCCCUUCGCCCUCCCCCUCCCCGUCUCCCUCCCCAGGCCCGACCUCUCUGAGUCUGAACCCCCAGCCGAGGCCCCCGGCGGCCCCCGCCCCCGGCGGCGCCGCUCCGCCCGCGCUGCCCUCCCCCUCCGCCGUCUCUCCCUCCACGUCGUCGUUCCGGCGCCAGAACUCGAGCACCGACGACCUCCUCUCGUCGAGCCCCGAGAGCCAGCCGGGAGGCCCCGAGGCCCCCGCCAACGUCCUCCAGCCCACCAAGGCGGACCCGCAGGACGGGGAGCGUCGCAAGAAGAGCUCCCAGGGGGUUCUGCUGAUCCGGGGCGACCCGUACCAGGCGCCGGAGCGCGUCGCCCGUCUCCACGGCGAACUGGAGCGCUACCGGGCCCAGGUGGACUCCCUGGAGCGCCCCUCGGAGAGCGAGGGCGGCCUGUCGGUGCUGGACGCCCGCUGGAAGGAGCUGCAGGAGCAGCAGGAGAGGGACGCCCGGCAGCUGUCCAUCGCCAUCGCCCGCUGCUACGCCAUGAAGAACCGGCACCAGGACGUCAUGCCCUACGACGUGAACCGCGUGGUGCUGCGGUCGGGCAAAGACGACUACGUCAACGCCAGCCACGUGGAGGAGCUGUCGCCGUACUGCCCGCGGCUCAUCGCCACGCAGGCGCCGCUCACCGGCACCGCGGCCGACUUCUGGCUGAUGGUGUACGAGCAGAAGGUCUCCCUGGUGGUCAUGCUGGUCUCGGAGCUGGAGCUGGAGAAGGGGAAGGUCAUGCGCUACUUCCCGACGGAGCGCGGCCAGCAGCUCUCCCAGGGGCCCCUCACGCUCUGCCUCACCACGCAGAAGACGACGCCGACGCACGUGGAGCGCAUGUUCAGCCUGCAGUACCGCGACCAGAGCCUGAAGCGCACCGUCGUCCACCUGCAGUUCACCGCCUGGCCGGAGCUGGGCCUCCCCGACAGCAAGAGCAACCUGCUGCGCUUCAUCCAGGAGGUGCACGGACACUACCUCCACCAGAGGCCCCUACACACACCUGUUGUGGUGCAUUGCAGCUCCGGCGUGGGACGCACCGGCGUCUUCUGCCUGCUGUAUGCCGCGCUGCAGGAGCUGGAGGCGGGAAACGAGAUCCCCGACCUUCCUCUGCUGGUGAAGAAGAUGAGGAAACAGAGGAAGAACAUGCUGCAGGAGAAGCUGCACCUGAAGUUCUGCCACGAGGCCGUGUUGAAGCACGCCGAGCUCGUCCUCCAGAGACACGGCGUCUCCACCUGCAGCAAGAACACCAGCGCCGCGGCCGCCAAGUCGUACUCGAGACAGGAGUCCCAGCAGGACAUCGUCCUGGGCGCCGACAUGCCCAUCAGCUCCAUCCAAGCCACCAUCGCCAAGCUCAGCAUCCGGCCGCCGAGCGCCACCGACCCCGCCAUGGAGGCGGCCUGCGGCGCCGAGUCGCCGGCGGACGCCGUCCCGCCCGUCCUCGACCCGCCGGGCGACGCCCCGCCGCUCCGGGAACCCUUCCCCCCCACCGUCCCCCGGCCGCCCUCCUCCUUCAGCCCGCCCCUCUCCUCCCCUACACACUCUCCGCCGCCGCCCAACGGCCUGGACGCCGCCUCCUCCCCCUCCACGCCGCCGGCGACCGCGCCCGGCGACGCCCCGCCCCCCGCCCCGGCUCCCCUGGAGCUGCUGGCCGCGCUGACGCCCGAGGCCUUCUCCAUGGAGGGGGGGGGCAAGGGGAAGCAGCGGGUCACCAAGCAGAGCUUCUUGCAGCCGGCGGAGGGUCAGGGUCUCCACGGGACUCGGGGGAAGGAGGGCGACGACCCGCUCAGCAGCCUGGACCCGCUCUGGACCCUCGGCAAGCCUCGCUGAGCCCGCCGAAGAAACAACAACAACCCGACAGCGUGAGACAUUUCACCAAGACGUGCCUGGUGGCAGACGGUCGGGUUCAGUUUAGGAG